UUGACGUCAGAAACUUAGGAGGGGCUCCUCCGCGAAGCUGGAUGCUGUUUGUGGUGCUGAAACAACGCCUGUAUUGUGUUGCCAUUUAGCGAAUCCCGCUUUAAUUUGCCUGCUCCUUCUUCCUCCCUUCCUUCCUUCCUCCCUUCCUUCCUCCGACAUGCAUCUUCUCUAACGCCGUCCGAGCAGCCCGAGGUCGUCGUGCAGCAUGACGUUUUAGCGAUGGAUUAAGUGAAUGAGCCAGGAGCGCUAUGGAUUCACGGUGGUGUCCCAUCCUCUUCGCUGCAUUGGCUGUCAGCCUCUGCUCCUCACCUGCGCCCGGCGACAGGAAAUUUGGUUGCCUGUUUGAAGACGAGCUGUGCGCCCCGUAUGAGUUCUGCGUCAAUGAUGGACUGUUUGGAAGGUGCCAGGAGCUGGCCGGUGCAGACCUGCUCACAUACGAUAUUUCUUCCUCGGCUUUGCAACGCCUCAGGAUCCUCCUACAGAAACUGGCUCACAGAGGUUUCACGUGGCAGGACGACAUCACUCAGCAGGUCAUCUCCAGAGAGCUCUCCAAGCUGAGGAGGAUCCCUCUCCGCCAUCAGGCCGCACCCCCGAGCCCCCUGACUGCCUACAGCAGCUCCAGAGACAGGAAGCUGAGGCCUGCACAGGCGGAGCUGAGCAGAAACCUUCAGCAGUACCUGACGGGGCUGGGCUUCCUGCCGCAGGCUGAGCUAAACGGACGAGCAGGUGUCCAGCAAGAGCUAGCCAAGGUUCAGGAUGAAGGUAUCAAGUCCGAUAGUCACUUAGAGCCCAGUCGGCCAAAACCCCAGCAGGGCUGGAAGGAGACGACCCUCUACAGCCUCCAGAAAGGAGCUGGCCAACCUCCCGUCACCAAAGUCUUUACCCAGAGUGGAGAGGGCAGACACCCCAAGCUCAGUGCGACCUACUCCAAGGAGGACCCAGGAAGGAGCAAGCUCCUUUCCAGCCAUCUGGAACGCCUCCUUGCCGGGGCACCAGGCACUCAGCAGGGAACCACAGGUAGUGAGGCUGUCCUGCCCAAAGGAAAUCUCCACUACCUCAGCUACCUGCAGCCAGCGCCAAGCGACCAUGCAGAACCGCAGAUUCCGGUGGCUUUUGGAUCCAAAACUGAAAGGCCUAAUCUAGACAGACUGCUGUCCAAGAUCGGCUCAAACCGAAUCACCGGGAAACAGCCUCUUAGUGUCAUGGAUGAGCGAUUCAUCCAGAAUGUGGUCAACCAGCUGGGGAGGCACAGCAUCAACACAGGGGCUUUGAUGGGCAAAGACUUGGACCAGCUGGCUGAGGUCAUCACAGGAGCUCUGCAGGAGGUGCACGUGCAGCGGCCUGCGCUUGGUGCCCAGCCAGGACCAGGAGCCACUGACUCCAGGGGGGACACUGAGAGUAACAGGGAGCCAUUGGCACCGGUGCAUCUGAAUCAAGAUCAGGACCUGAAAUCAGAUAAAGAGCAGGAUCUAAACCUGAAAGAGGCGCUGAGAAUAAAACCGCAAGGCCAACAAAUUGACGGUGCAGACAAAGAGCCCGUUGACAAGCACACAGCCUUCUUCUCCAAGCUGCUUGACUACCUCAACAUGGAGCCCUUUGAUGACGCUCCAGGGGUCAACAGUGGACCGCGGGCUCCCCUCCAGAAAACGGUCGGGAUGGAGAACGUCCACAGCCGCACGACGCAGGAUCAAGCCCCCCACCGCUGGGAGGAGAAGACCGUUGCCGCACCAGCAAAGGAGGCCUCCACCCAGCGUUUGACCGGCGGAGCGGAGAGGCCCGGAGCGCAGGUGGACUCGGAGAUCGAGAAGUGGAUGCAGGGCGCUCAGGGACCAGAGGGGAAGAAGCAGCUGGAUGAGCCUCAGAAGAAGGACAUGAGAGUGAAAACACAGCUGGUCCAUGUGGCGGUGAAGGAGUUCUCCAGCCGGGGGAAGGACAGACACUUUGGCUACAUUAUCACAGGUUCAGACUCCCUGACCAGCGACCAGGGCUUGGACCUGAUGGAGCGUCUGACCCAAAGACUGAGCCUCCACGCCGCAGACCUCACCCAGCUCUCAGUCCUGGGUCCCGCCCUGACGUUCAGAGUUGGCCCAAACCCCAAGAACGUAAGCACCGCGGAUCUCGUCCAAGUCGCAGUCCAACAGAAGCUGCAGCUGGAGAAGGAAACCGGCUUGAAGAUAGUGGAGGCCGGAGUUAGUGAUAGGGGCAGCCUGACCCAGAUCCCCGUGGUGAAGGAGACCAGGGUGGAGUCGGGCCAGUUCCUGCUGCUCUCCGUCCUCUGCAUGCUCUUCAUCCUGGUGGCGCUGGCCGUGUCCGCCACGUUCUUCUGCGUGCGCCAGCGCUCGCACCUCCGCAUGAAGGAGAAGCUGGCCAGCCUGGGGACUGACACCAGCACCGAUGCCACCGCAACCUAUCAGGAGCUGUGUCGCCAACGCAUGGCGAUACGAACGUCGGAGCGCGUGGAGCGGCCGGAGACGCUGCGCCACUCUCGUCUCAACAGCGUGUCGUCUCAGUUCAGCGACGGCCCCGCCGCCAGCCCGUCCACCCGCAGCAGCACCUCCUCCUGGUGCGAGGAGCCCGUGCCGUCCAACAUGGACAUCUCCACGGGUCACAUGAUACUGUCGUACAUGGAGGACCACUUGAAGAACAAGAACCGUCUGGAGCGCGAGUGGGAGGCGCUGUGCUCCUACCAGGCAGAGCCCAGCGUCUGCAGCGUGGGCCAAGGCGAGCAGAACUCCAAGAGGAACCGCUCCGACGCCGUGGUCGUGUAUGAUCACUCCAGGAUCACCUUGAAAGCGGAGAAUAACCACAGCAACUCAGAUUACAUCAAUGCCAGCCCGAUAAUGGACCAUGACCCUCGCAACCCUACUUACAUCGCCUCCCAGGGCCCACUUGCCUCCACUGUGGCAGACUUCUGGCAGAUGGUGUGGGAGAGCGGCUGCGUCGUCGUCGUCAUGUUGACCCCGCUGUCUGAGAACGGAGUGAAGCAGUGUCACCACUACUGGCCCGACGAGGGAUCAGACGUCUACCACGUGUACGAGGUCAACCUGGUGUCUGAGCACAUCUGGUGUGAGGACUUCCUGGUGCGGAGCUUCUACCUGAAGAACCUGCAGACCAACGAGACGCGCACCGUCACCCAGUUCCACUUCCUGUCCUGGAUGGACCGCGGGAUCCCCGCCUCGGCCCGGACCCUGUUAGACUUCCGCAGAAAGGUUAACAAGUGCUACCGGGGUCGAUCUUGCCCGAUAAUCGUUCACUGCAGCGAUGGAUCCGGCAGGAGUGGGACUUACAUUCUGAUUGACAUGGUCCUCAAUAGGAUGGCUAAAGGUGCUAAAGAGAUUGAUAUUGCCGCUACCCUGGAGCACUUGAGAGACCAGAGAGCUGGCAUGGUCCAGACAAAGGAGCAGUUCGAGUUUGCCCUGACAGCCGUGGCAGAGGAGGUGAACGCCAUCCUGAAAGCGCUUCCUCAGUGAAGGCAUCACAGAUCGCCGCCGCCGCCGCCCCCCCAUCACCUCCUUCUCGCUCGCCGAGCACCGGUUUCCUCUGCCCACUCAAGACUGACAUCUCCCUGCCCUUCCUUCUCCUCCUCCUCUGUCUCUUCCUCCUCUUCACCUCUAUAUAUACUGUAUACUUAUGAAUGUCGUGCAGGAAAUCUCACCUGGAUCCCCUAUUUGCAAAUUUUCAGAGUGUUGACCUGUCUUGUUUUUUAGCAAUUCGGGGGGAAAAAAAUGCGAGGUGGGGGCCUGAUCCGGUGUCAGUAUGAACCGCGGUACCUCUGUAACUGUGAUGUUGUUCCUGAACACGCCGUUCUAGUGCCACCGGCGAAAUGUUUACGUGGUGUCAAGUGAAGAAUUUUGUUCUAAAACAGGCCGUCUAAGAAAUAAAGCGACACAGACGCUCAAAAGCGGCGAUUGGUGCAUUUAAAACAAACUGAAUCUGAAGAUUAGUGGUCCAAGUCUUGAGUUUUUCAAACUGCUUAAGAUCUGAGGCAACGUUUAGCAUUUUAACCCCCGCCACAAAACAGAAGAUUGAUCUUGCCGAUCGUCUAAUCACUUCCGCUCUGAACUAAAUAGUACUUUCAUUAUAACAACAUGCAAAGAAAGCAGAUGAAGCUCUCACCUGUAAAAACCGUGUACAGACCAUAUCCUCUAAACGAAUCGAUGUAGCUCCGCCUCCAUGAUCUGAAUCAAUGUACCCAGCAUCACGCGUGCAGACGUUGUGCAUUGUUGUACUGUGGGUCCGGACAUCUCACUCAUGUAUUAAACCUUUUUCAGAUCCUCUGAGAAGGUUCUCACAGAUCCUGAUUAUAGCAACAUAUCAGCUGUUUUUCUAUUCCUCAUUGUAUCAAUUCUUCUUUUUUUUUUUCAGUUACAUAAAGAUCUAAUAUUAAAUGUGAAAUAUACCAACUGAGAUAGUUAUUGCUUCUAUUUAAAGACACUGUCAUCCUAUAUCAGUAGUAAUAAUAUGAUGUGUUUAAGAAGAACUUAUAUCGGGAUUGUUGCUGAAUUUGUUCGUCCCUCCAUCACUGGUAUAUUGUGACAUUUUGUGCAACAUGGCAGAUUAUUCCCUCCGUGUAUAGACAACGAAUGACUUUAUGAAUCCUUACAUGGUGAAUACCGAGAGCCUCAAUGAGAACUAUAUAUUUUGUGUGAGAUUGAUAAUAAAUCCCUAUAGACUCUA